AUGUCCAAUCUCUUAAAUGCACUCUCCAAGCUUAACAAACUUUAUGAAUAAAAGAAGCAUGAAAUCAACCAAGAUUAAAUUAAAAAAGCUGAAGGAGAUUAAUUGAAAGGUACUAUUUAUAUAUAUCUAUUCUCUAGUUGAAUAAUCAUAGUAGAAGCAAACUGAAUAAUUACCAUAACAACAGUAACAAUAGCAAUAAUAAUAAUAAUAAUAAUAAUUAAAGAGAAAGAGAAAGAUGCUUAUAUUAAGAAAAUGUGCAGGAGACAUUUGGGAAGAUUCUACACUUGCAGAUUGGCCAGAAGGAGAUUAUCGAUUGUUCUGUGGAAAUCUUGGAAAUGAAGUGAGUGAUGAAGUUUUGGCCAAUGCUUUUAGAAAAUAUCCUUCCUUUGCGAGAUCUCGUGUUAUUAGAGAUAAACGUACUAUGAAAACUAGAGGUUAUGGUUUUGUUUCAUUCUUAAACUCAAAUGAUUAUUUAAAAGCAUUCAAAGAAAUGAAUGGCAAAUAUGUUGGCAAUCGUCCUGUCAAAUUGAGUAAAAGCACUUGGCUACAACGCUCUUUACAUAAAAAAAAAUCUGAUGGAUUAGUUGGUAAAUUUAUUAAACCAAAAAUACGUAAAAUUAAACGUGUAAAUAUUUCAUGAUUUUUUUUAUGCUUAUUUCUAUUCAUUCCAG